UCAGUGAGACUUUCCUGUCACUGGAUACUACUACUCCCAGCCCUCCUCAGAGCCGCCGGAGCAACCCACUGGUCUUUAAUUUACAAGUAUCAAUUUGACUUGCUCUACUGCAUGUCAGGUGGGACCGUGGAAAGUGUGGAGACGCCCCGUAGAUUAAGCAAUCGCAGCUUAAAAAGAAAAAAAGCCAAACAAAUAAACAAAACCCACCCACCCUAACAAACAUGAGGCUGCUGGAGAGAAUAAGGAAAGAAUGGUUCAUGAUUGGAAUAGUAUUGGCCAUCGCCGGAGCAAAGCUGGAGCCGUCCAUAGGGGUGAAUGGGGGACCACUGAAGCCAGAAAUAACUGUCUCCUACAUUGCUGUUGCAACAAUAUUCUUUAACAGUGGACUAUCGUUAAAUACAGAGGAGCUGACCAGUGCUUUGGUGCAUAUAAAACUGCAUCUUUUUAUUCAGAUCUUUACACUUGCAUUCUUCCCAGCAGCAAUAUGGCUUUUUCUUCAGCUUUUGUCAGUCACACCCAUCAAUGAAUGGCUUUUAAAAGGUUUGCAGACAGUAGGUUGCAUGCCUCCCCCUGUGUCUUCUGCAGUGAUUUUAACCAAGGCAGUUGGUGGAAAUGAGGCAGCUGCAAUAUUUAAUUCAGCUUUUGGAAGUUUUUUGGGCAUCGUGGUAACACCCCUGCUACUGCUGCUUUUUCUUGGCUCAUCCUCUUCUGUGCCUUUUACAUCUAUUUUUUCUCAGCUUUUUAUGACUGUUGUGGUUCCUCUCAUUAUUGGACAGAUUGUCCGGAGGUACAUCAAGGAUUGGCUUGAAAGAAGGAAACCUCCUUUUGGUGCUGUCAGCAGCAGCGUGCUCCUCAUGAUCAUCUACACAACCUUCUGUGACACGUUCUCGAACCCAAAUUUUGACCUGGAUAAAUUCAGCCUUAUUCUCAUCCUCUUCACAAUAUGCUCUAUUCAGCUGAGUUUUAUGCUUUUAACCUUCAUCUUUUCAACAAGGAAUAAUUCGGGUUUCACACCAGCAGACACCGUGGCUAUCAUGUUCUGUUCUACACACAAAUCUCUCACACUGGGAAUUCCAAUGCUGAAGAUCGUGUUCGCUGGCCAUGAGCACCUCUCUUUAAUAUCCGUCCCCCUGCUUAUCUACCACCCGGUGCAGAUCCUUCUGGGAAGUGUGUUGGUGCCAACGAUAAAGUCUUGGAUGGUGUCAAGGCAGAAGGGAGUGAAGCUGACGAGGCCGACGGUAUAACAAAGGAGGCGCCCUCUCGGCAGUGAUGUAUAUUUGUACAGUACUGUACAUACAGACACUUCGGAAGACUUGUAUUUGUGAUUGUUGCUUUGAUGCAUAUUUUAUUUUUUUACACAAAAAUAUGAUAUAACUGUCUAAGUGCCUUAAAAUGGAUUCAGUGAGAGCAUUAUUUCCAAAACCUACUCUGUUGGUUCCUGCUAGAGGUCGUACAGUAUUUUGGAGUUGUGGGGGUUUUUUUUGGUCAUCUAAUGCAGGAAACAGUCAUUGUUAAGUGACAAAAAGCAAGCACGUUUUCCUUGUGCCACCUUCCGUACAAUACACCUCUCUACUGUUACUGUACUGUUUGAAAUGAGGUCACACCAUCAGGAAAAUGCCCUUCUCAUGACAGUGAAAACUUGCAAAGUCUUGUUCACGAAUACUUUGAUUUACCGAGUGAUUCUUUUUUUUUUUUUCUGCAACUGUGACAUGCCUCUUCCUUAUCAACUCAGCAGGGGUCACAGAGUGAAUAGAUGCUAAAAAGCAUAAGUUAUCUGCAUUUCUUGACAUCAUUUUUUAAGACAUUCCUUCAAAUAGUUUCCACACAGAAAUUCCUCCGUUCCAUUAUGAGAGAUUGUGGUGUUCUCUGUCUUAAAUUUAUUAUAAGCAGCUUCAAAGAAAGGGCCUGAUGUUUGAGUUACGAGUCAAAGUACAUGAAGUUUUGAGAUAAACUACAGGAUCUGGGUUUCAGGAUUUUUAAAAGUAUAUUUCAAAUGUUUUUUCUUUUUUUCCAUCAUUUCUUUCUUGUGUGUUUUCCAACGCACAAACUCAUAACAGCCAAAUGUUAAGAGACAAAAAUGUUAUAAUCAAUUUGAGAACAGCCACAAUUAAUGAUGGAUUAUUUCACAUUCCACAACUGAGACCAAAAAAUUUUUUUUCCUGUUACAUGGAUGCACUGAGGACAAAUUUCCCCUUAUUUAAGCCAAAAGCAGCCUGUUACAUCUUUGAAUUAAGCACACUUAAGGCAUUUGAGACAAGUUAUUUGUGAGAAUUUUCGUGGUGGAUUUGACAAAUGUUUGCAACAUUUUUUUUAAAUUAAAUCACAAUUGCUCUUACAAAUAAGUGAAAAUAUAAAGGUCAUAGAUGCAAACCAAUGUUACAUAUAGACAUUCUGUCUAGCUAGAUGGGAAGAAAGAUAGACACAGAAAAAUGCAAAACUCUUUGUUAACGAAAAUAUCAAGUAACAUCAAUUCCCAGUUGGGCACUGGCUUGCUGUGGAGUGUCCAAUAUUUGCUCUCAUUGUGGCUGGAAGAGCUUACACGACCCAAAGAGAAAAUGAGGCAAUAUACAGAAAUAAGGGAACACCGCGUCUCUUGUUUCCUGCACACCAUGCUGUCACAUCCUCUCUCCAUGUCUUUUCGUGAUUUGUCCUGGGUUACACUGAGGCCACAUCCUAGCUUCAACAACUACUUCACUGCUAUUUUAUCAACAAAAUCGAUUCCUUAGAAACUAACCACGUUUAUCAAUAGCAUAACCAACAAAAAUCAUUCCUUAGAAACUUCCCAGGGCUAUCAAUAGCUCAAAUUUAUAUCAUUGCUAACUUAUAUCUCAGCUUGUGUUACCUCGGACUCAUUUCAGUGUCAUUGAGCCUCAUAAAUUUCACAAAAGUUAGCCGCAGUGUGAGUUUUAAGGCCUAGUACCAGACCCUGCAAAAAUCUAUGCUACACAGACUGUUUUUCAAGAAUUCCUGUUGUCAAGAAUUUCACUUGUGUCUAAAACAGUAAUUUUUGCUUGAUACUUUUUUUUGUUGUUUUUUUUUUUUUGUC